AUGGCGAAUACUGUGGAUUUCACGCCGUGUAUCACUUCACAUCCUGCAGAUAGUGAAGUUCAUUGUCGUUUACUUCUGGUAGAAGGAACAUGUGGAUCAUCAACAACAGCCAAUGGCAACAUUCAAAUCAUUGCACAUGAGAAUAAUUUUCCAACGCAAACAUUUCCAGUGAAAAAUGGACGCUUCAAAGCAUUAAUACAUUUAUCAUCUGGUGAAAAUUUGAUUCAAUUGAAUUUUAUUGAUAGGCAGCAAACUUGGGAAUCGAUUUGGCCAGUUAAUUACAUUCCACUUUUACAAAUUCCUCCACUUAAUUUAUGCAUUCUCGUUGCGUGUGAUUCACCACUUACAUUCGACGACACUCCCGAUUGUGAAUAUCCACCAGAUCUAGAGACAGCUAUCAAAAGAUUACGUCUCGCAGGCUAUUUAUGGCAAUCAUAUACCGCUUCUCAAAUGUUUUCCAAUGGCUUCAAUCAUCGAACAUUCCGUCUUGAUGAAUCAUAUCAACCUGAUACACUCAGUAGUGUAGAUCAAUCAUCUAGAAACACGGUAAACAUUCGGAUUCUCAGAAGUAGAUAUACAACUGCUGAAAUUCGAGAUCCAAACCGAGCACAACAAAAUUCAAAUGCAAAAGACAAAGACAGUCUAUUCGAUAUUGCGUUAGAAGCCAUUCGUUCUGAAUUUCAAGAAGAGAGAAAUUAUGUCGCAGUCCUACUCUUAGAUUCACAUUAUGACAAUAAUCUGAUUACAGGUCAUGCGGCAUUAGGGUCAGGAGGUAUUAAUGCAAAAUACUCCGUAGGAAUCUUUGGUUCUCAUACUCUUUUUUCGUGGCCAACAACUUUGGAAGACGUCAUUCCAUGUUUUACGAAUGAACGGACUGUUGACACAAAGUAUUGCGGUAUUGAUGCCGAAGGUGAUAAAUAUUGGAUCGCAUGCAAUGUUGGUCUUGGAGCGAUGCUGCACGAAAUCGGACAUGCACUCGGUUGUCCACAUGAACCGGAUGGUGUGAUGAUGAGAGAUUACAUUCGUUUGAAUCGAUCGUUCUGUGCCGUUGAACCACCUGGUCCACCAGCUCUCGAUGGAAAUGAAUGCUCAUGGCAUCGAAUGGAUAUGAUUCGAUUUCGCAUCCAUCCAUGUUUUGCAUUACCCGAUGAUGAAUCGUUCUGGAAAAGUCAUAUACAAUGUGUUGCAAUUGAUGAAGGUAUUCUACUGAAAUCAGCGAACGGAAUUUUGGCUAUUGAAUUCUACCUGGAACAUGAUGAAGUUGCAAAAUCAUGGGUAGAUUACACUGAAAAUCCAGCUGCUGAGGUUAUUCUUUGGAAAGAAGAAUUACGAAAUCGAGUUAAUGGAGAAGGAAAAAUCAACGUACAUGUCAUCGCUACUGAUGGAACGGAUGUUACUAUCGGUGACAUUGAUGAUUUACUGCAAACUCAACACAUUCCUGAAAUAGGAAAAGUUUGGAAAUCAAUGAAAUUUGGACAACAGACUGGUUCGCCAUCAACGAUUCUAUUGCCUGCUGACCCCUUGAUCAAAGUCGUAGUUCAUUCAGGUUUUGCUUUGGAUGGUUUGGAAUUUGUCACUAGAGAACGCUCAUUUCUCUUUGGAAAGCGUGGUGGUUCACCACACGACUUUCCCAUGGAGAAUGGGGAGUUUAUUCAAGGUUUUGGUGUCAGAAGUGGUGCUUGGAUCGAUGCGGUACAGAUUAUGACUAAUAAAAAACGUAGUGAAUGGUUUGGGAAUAUUAACGGUGGAAGUGAACAUGAACUGACGGUUCCUGAUCACGGUGACUAUCGAGUUUGUGGAAUUUAUGGUGAAGUAGAAGAUUGGGUCAAGCAGAUCGGAAUACAAUACUCACUUCGAGAAUGA